GAGCCGGAGAGAGGAAGGGAACUCUAGAAACUUUGUUAUACAGUGUUGAGUGUCAGUGUACGGUGUCAAUCUGACUUGUGUUCGGUUUGAGUGUACGAUGUCGUCCGUCGGCGGUGCAGGGAGGCGGACAGUCGGUAUCGUAUCGUUCGAAUCGCGAGCAACUCCUUCGGAUUUAUCCUCGUUCUAGUGUCCCCGAGCCGGUCGGAACGAUGGGGCAAACGUGCGGGUUUUUAUUUUCAAGCUGUACGACGUCGAGUUUACGCCCAACGUCUGCACAGGAGAGAUUGGUGACAUGAGAAUGUUGAAAAAUUCCUAGUGGGACUUAUACUCCGGUGAAGAAGGAAUAUGCAGGCGAAGAAGCGUUAUUUGUUGGUAUUGUUAUCAUGUGCGUUCCUCGCCUACUGCUAUUUCGGAGGAUAUAGGCUGAAAAGUGAACGUUACAUACCAUUCGACGUGGACACGCUUCCUUCGUUUGUCGACGUCUGGAGCGACCACUUGUUCGAGAAGGAUUUGGAGCCUAUGCCCCAUGUCAGGCGUGUCGGUGGCAGUCGUACUCUCCGGAAGGGCAUCGUCAACCAAAAGUGUCGCAUGGAAACCUGUUUCGAUUUCAGCAGGUGUGCCAAAGAUUUUAAAGUUUACGUAUACCCUGUCGGCGAUGAGUCUUCCGAAGUCCCGUUGAUACCCAGCCCCGUGUAUCAGAGGGUUCUUGAUGUUAUCAUCGAGUCGAGGUAUUACACGCCUGACCCGGCUGCUGCUUGCCUGUUCGUCCUUGCCAUCGACACCCUGGACAGGGAUAAUCUGUCUUCCGACUAUGUCAGGAAUGUUCCUUCGAGACUGCAAAGACUGAAGUACUGGAACGGUGGUAAAAACCAUCUGAUAUUCAAUUUGUAUUCGGGCACCUGGCCUGAUUAUGCUGAGGAGGAGUUGGGAUUUGACACUGGUGAAGCGAUUCUAGCUAAAGCGAGCAUGUCGGUCACAAGCAUCCGCCCUGGGUUUGACAUAUCCAUACCACUCUUUCAUAAAAAUCACCCGGAGAAGGGCGGAGAGCAGGGAUUCGUUGCGACAAACAAUUUUCCGAUUAACAAGAAGUUCCUCCUGGCUUUUAAAGGAAAACGUUACGUCCACGGGAUCGGCUCGGAAACCAGAAAUUCCCUUUACCACCUGCACAACGAGAGAGACAUCGUAUUGGUGACGACGUGCAAACACGGUAAAUCUUGGAAAGAGAUGAAAGACGAACGAUGCGACGAGGACAACACAGAAUAUGACAGAUACGACUAUGAAGUCCUCCUUCAUAAUUCAACGCUGUGUUUGGUUCCGAGAGGUAGACGCCUUGGCUCUUUCAGGUUUUUGGAAGCUCUCCAGGCAGGUUGUAUUCCUGUUUUGCUGUCAAACGGAUGGGCCUUGCCGUUCUCUCAGGUGAUAGACUGGAAGAAAGCAGUCAUCUGGGCAGACGAAAGGCUUCUUCUUCAGGUGCCGGAAAUCGUAAGGUCAAUUUCAGCGACAAAACUGUUCGCUCUGCGACAGCAAACUCAAAUACUUUGGGACAAAUAUUUCUCAUCCAUUGAAAAAAUUGUGUUCACCACUCUCGAGAUAUUGAGAGAGCGUUUGCCAGGCCAGGCCCAGAGAGAUGGAAGAAUUUGGAAUUCAGCUCCAGGAGCAUUGGUGUCUCUUCCUCAGUACAACGGUCCUUAUCCUUGGGACCAGGCCAUGUCCCAGGAACAGCAGUUUACAGCAGUUGUCUAUGCUCAAUUAGGAGCACCGCUGACGGUGGUAUCUCCUUUGUAUAAAAUUGUUAAAGCUAUAUCAAAAAGCAACUAUACUGCCAUGGUGGUUGUGAUUUGGGCAAAUGAAAAAAGCACGCCCGCCCGUGUUAGAUGGCCGGUUAUGUCAAUGCCACUUCAUAUAAUUCAUCAACCGGGCAUAUCUCAGAGGUUUUCACCUCAUCCGCUCAUUCGCACCAGUGCCAUACUUUCAUUGGAUGAAGACGCACUUCUUACAACCGAUGAAAUAGACUUUGCUUUCCAAGUAUGGAAACAUUUUCCUGAGCGUAUAGUCGGUUAUCCUGCUAGGUCACACUAUUGGGAUGAUGCUAAGGGUUCAUGGGGCUAUACAUCAAAAUGGACAAACGACUAUUCCAUCGUGCUCACCGGAGCAGCUUUUUACCACAGAUACUUCAACCAUCUUUACACAGAUUGGUUAAGCCCUCUUCUCCUUAAGACAGUGGAGCAAUCGCACAACUGUGAAGACAUCCUAAUGAAUUUUCUUGUCAGCCAUGUUACCAGACGGCCUCCUAUCAAAGUCACACAAAGGAAGCAAUAUAAGGAUUCCCCUCCGACAACCGGGACUUCCAGAUCACCAUGGAACGACCCGGAUCAUUUUAUUCAAAGGCAGACAUGUUUGAACACGUUUGCAGCUGUUUUUGGAUAUAUGCCGCUCUUAAGAAGCAAUACUAGAAUGGAUCCUGUCUUGUUCAAGGAUCCUGUAUCUAACCUCAGAAAAAAGUACAGACAAAUUGAACGGGUUGGCAGCUAGUAUACACCUUACAUCAACAGCGUGUAUAUUUAUAAUUGAAAUACAAAUAUUUCUUUUUACUAUAAUUUGUUGCAUUUAAACUAUGGUGUCAAGUAGAGAGAAAAAGCUAAUUUAAUCUAAUAAGGACAUUGUUGUAUUCAUUAAAUAUUGUUAUGAUAAUGAUAUUUUUAUAAGUUACUUUUUUAUAAUUGAAACUGUGUAUUGUAAAUAGUUUUACUCAUUUGACUACUUGAUGACAUCCAGAAUUUCACUUUUUUUCUAAUCAUUGAAGAGUAUUCUUCGGUAUAUUUUCGUUUCUCAGACUCCGACAUUCCAAACAAGAACAUUUUACUACUAUUUUAUUAAAUUCGUGAUCUAUAAUCAUGAUGAACUGGGGUUAUUCCAGUUUCCAUGUGAUAUAUAAUAUACAACAGCUCAUGUUUUUAAUAUCAUUUAUUUUUUACUUGAUACUAAUAAUAAUAAAAGAUCCACAGCCGUCCAAGUGGGUGUUAGUACGUUCCAAAUAUGUUUCAGUUUCUUCCAAACUGCCUCUCAAAUAUAAAUUGUCUGUGCCUAACGAUUCUCAUUGUGAAAAACCAAUUAUAUCAAUUUUCAAUAUUUAUUGGCCUCUAGCUCUGACAAUCAUUUUAAUAAUUUAAAAAAUUUGGGUACUACCUACACUAUUUUUUUCUAUCUUAGCUGGAGGUUAAUAUCUAUUAUUGAUUCAACACACAAUUUUGUGAACACAAUGUCUGCAACAAUUUCUAAAUUAUUUGUUUUAAUUAUUGACUUGAAUGAAACAUAUGAGGAGGUAUCGAUAAAUUCCAACAUGUUAUUUUGCGACAAUCCAUUUUAUAAUUAAUGCAUUUUUGAGUCCCCAAUGAGAUUUACAAUUAGUUUUUUUUAUAAUGUUUACUCCAUGACACACCCACUAAUGGAAUGUUAAUUUCCCAGGGACUAAUUAGUUUCAAAAUAUAUUGGUUAACUUUUUUUUUAAAUAUAAUUAUUUUAAAAACUAACAUUAUUGUCCUAUUAGGUUAGCGAUAUGAUUUUUUAAAUAUAAGUGUACCUAAACAAAUUAUAAUUUGAUCUUUAGUUAAUAUACAUAAUAUAUUGUAAAAUAAUUAAUUGUAAAUAAUUGAGUUUCCUGGUGUAUUUAUUUAUUAAAAUGUCCAUAUGAUCAUUGCAUUUGUACAAAUGAAUGAGUACUUAACAAAGGAAAAUUCAAAAGUGUAAACAUAAUUCCAAAAAAAAAAAAAAAAAA